AUGCGCUCUACCUCCCGAGAGAACUGCACGAUCAUCACCACCAUCAACGCCGCCGGCGCCGUGUCGGCCCCUAUCAUCAUCUUCAAAGGGCAACGCUUCAACGGAGAUUGGGUCGCGGAUCUCAACGGCCCGCCGGUACGUCAAGAACUUCCACAAGCAGCUCGGCGACCGCAACUUGCUCGACGGAAAACCCAUGUGCUCGUGCUGGAUGGGCACGCGUCGCACGUGAGCUUGGACGUCAUAAAGUUGGCCAUCUCCCUCAACAUCCACCUCGUCCAGCUGCCCUCCCACUCCCACAUCACCCAGCCCUUGAACGUCGCUCGCUUCGGGUGCUUCAAGAAGGAGCUGGCGAAGGUGAUCCAGGCCUUCCCGGCGAGGAACGGAGGGGCACUACCGCGGAAGCGGGACAUGGCCGGCAUGAUCGGGCUAGCGUGGGGCCCGAGCUUUACGCCGGAAAUCAACCAAGCUUCCUUCGCCGGGGCGGGCCUGUGGCCGGUGGACAGGGAGCGGGCACUCAGCCGGCUGCUGCGCCCGAAGAGGAAGGUGACGGAAACCGACCGCCCUCCCCUGGAGGACGUCCCCAUCGCCGUGACUAACGAACGUCUGGAGGAGUUGAUCGGCGACCGCGGUGUCCGCGCGCUCAGGUCAAAAGGCCACACCAUCACGGAACUUCGCGUGAGCACGGUGGUCCUCGGCAAGUUCCUGUCGAACAAAAACAAACGUCCCAAGGGCCCGCCCAAGCGGGCGAACUUGGGCCAUCCAGAGGGAAACCUCCUCUCUGCGUCGGAGUGGGUGGCGGAGCAGGAGAAGAAAGACCGCGAGAUCCAGGCUGCCGAGGCCGCUAGUGCAGCAAAGGCCGAGGCCGCGGGAGCGGCGUGGGAAGCCAGGAGGGUGGCGAAGGCGCCGGCGCCGGCGCCGGCGCCGGCGAACAAACGUCAAGCGAACGGCGGACGGGGGGGCGGGCA